AUGGCGUCCACUCCGGUAAGCGCGGAACCGGCGCGUCCGUACCUAGAGCCGGUCGCCGUGUAUGGACUUAACCUCGCUGUCCGGACCCCUCUUUUCUUCACCGAGGACCACCAGAAGGUUUGCUUCAUUGCGGGCCGGAUGAUUAUUCUGCAUAAUAUUCAGACAAACACUUAUGACUUCGUUCAAUUAGACGGUACUAUAAACAAUGUUGUCCAUCUCGCUUUCUCGGUCACUAGAAGACUCCUGGCAUUUGUGGUUAACACGGAUAACAUGCCAAAAAUACACAUAUAUUCCUUGAGGCACAAGGCACGUGUAGCUAUGAUAAACGUCCCCGAUGGGCAAGGGCUCUCAGGGAUAGUCACCAGCAUUUCGUUUUCUCUGGAGGACCGGUUCCUGCUGGUACAGCUGGCGCCGCCAGAAUGGCCUAUCAUUGUCUGGGCAAUCCCACCAUUUAUUAACGAGAACGCUUCGAUGCAUGGAGACAUCAAGCCAAUCAAAAACGUUUACGUUGUUCCAAAGCCAUACGCUCUCUUCAAGUCACAGCGAGAAAUUUCAGCUUCUUAUUUUUCUCCCUUGCAGACUAACGUGAUUCACGGGAUUGCACCUCAGAACAUGCAAUUUUUGAUACUGCAGGAUGGCUUAAUCAAGGCCGUGAGCAUUUUCAGUCUCAAGCGGAUGGUAGGCACAUUUAUGGCCCCGGUUGUCAUGAGGCACCAAGAUAAGGAGUUCAGUUUGCUUCCCAUCAAGCAGACAGGAGAGAUUCUGGUGCUUCGAAAGGAUCAUCUCUGCUGCUUUAUUCCCAGCGACAUGAUAUUUGGCCAAAUAGUUCUUAGAGAUCCUAUCUUUGAAACGACCUCGCAGCAAUACGGCAAGAUGACAAGAUUCACUAUUAGAAAUCACCUGGACGUGUUGUCUGCAGAUCCCAAUGUCAGGGAAGAGAUAACGUGUCUUAAGCUCCUACAGGAUGACAUGAUCAUGGUUGGCUCCUCUUUUGGCCGCAUAAUCAUCUAUCAGAUAUUGAAUUUUGAACCCCCGGUCCCAUCCGCAAUCGGAACUGAUUUACCAGGAGCACAGAGCAGUAUCACAGGUUCUUCUGCGGGAGCGCCAUCUGACCCUCGCCAAGAACAUGCUAUAAUGAUGCCUUGCAAGGCGUCUGGGGGCAUGACUUUGCGCUUGCCAAUCCUUCUUGUUCUACGCUCCAUUCUUCUACCAUGCAACUUCAACGCAGUUCUCUCUGUAGAUAUCUGCCCGAAAACAAGACGUGUGCUUGUAUAUACAGAUGCAGGAUACGUAUUUGUUUCUAACAGCUUAACUCGUGAUUCUAUUCUGCACACUCUAGAUUGCCAGCAGAGGCUUUUCAUGGAUGAAUUCAAGACUGAGCAAGCCAAUUUGACAGGCACUAACAUCUUAAAUGUCACGGUUCCUAUGGAAUCUCCCAGUCCACUUGGGCUUAACAACAAAUCUUUUGCUUCUGGCAGCGCGCUCAGGCUAUCUGCAACAUCGCCUCCCAGCUCUUCUACAAUGCUCUUCAAGCAAACCAUUCAGAAUAGCGUUACAACUGAAAUCUUGGCGUUGGCUUAUGAAACGAUUAAGAAAAUACGCUAUCUAAUUAGGAUUCCUAGAUCAAUAUCUAACGUCUACAAUAUGAUUUCUCUUAUCAACCCGAUCAAAGCCUUGACAGGCACGGUUGCAAACGUAAAGCCGCACUCCCAAGCAACUCAGCUAGAGACGGAGUUCUACCAGAGCCCACAGACGUGGCCUUCUGCAAUCAUAAGCACAUCUAUCUUCUGCCCGUUUACCUCGUACUAUCAGAUACCCUCAACGAUAGUUGCGUCGGUCGCGCACCAAGGUGUGACCUUGAACGGAGUAUUGAUGGACCCAUCCCAGUGCUGCACAGGCUAUUCAUUUGGCCAGGAGCUACAUAUGAAGGGUGUCCCUAUAACCGCUAUUUCUGCUUCGGACGAGACGGGCUAUGUGGCGAUUGGAAACGACAAUGGAGAAGUCACCGUUUUGAAUGCUAUCUCUAGCACGUUUGUCGCUGCAUGGAGCUGGGCCCUUCCUGCAAUCUACUUUGAAAAUAAGCGCUUUGAUACUGUCCCAGAGCCCUCUGUUACUAAGCUUCUCGCGGAUAGUCCCGCCACAAAUGCACCAUGUGCACCCCCGUCGCAGUUCAACCGCUCCACGCUUCAGUUGACCAAUGCGUCUGCCCCUUCAGAGAACGCAUUUGAUGGAUUGGCCGUGACCAACACAACUAACGAGGUGACCAAGACAGACCUAUUCUCAGCCUCAGCGCAGAAUCAGGCUAACACUCCUGAUGCAAACAGCCAGGAGACAAUGGCGACUACUGACUUUGUUAUGAAGACGGUCGAGAGCCUCAGAGGAAUGCCUGCGUUUACCAUCACUUCGCUGAAGCUUCACCCCUCUGGAAGGCACCUGUUGGUGUCUGCCCGCAGCAAGCGGGACUUGGGGUUUUCUCUGGCGCAGGAGAAACCAUCCAGAACAGCAAAGGCCAACAAAGGAUAUUGUGUCUGUAUCCUCCACAUUGUAGACUCUUAUAUGGAAUGCAUCUCAGUAAUAGACUGUGAUUCUCCUUGUCUGGGCAUUGACUUUGAUAAGACGGGCAAUUAUCUUUACCUUCUAUCCUAUAGAAGCGUGUACGUGUUCUCCUUCCUGGAAAUUAGGCUUGUCAAACGCAUAAAUCUGUCUCAGCGGUUCGCCUUCUUGCCCCGUCCUAACGAUUUUCCAUCGUUUUCGCCACAAGAUAUGCAAAAGUAUAAGCAAAGCUUACAGCUCAUAAAGCGGGAUGCUAAGCCGACCUGCAUGGCUAUAAGCACAAGGCUUCUUGUUGCGGUGGCCUUUACAGACGGCGAUGUGUGCCUCUUUAGUUCUCUUGACGGCGCCCUGCUAAACCGCUAUCUCACAGGUGGGUUCUUUUUCAAUGCCGAUCUUGCUCCCAAAGCCCAGCAGCCUGUGUAUGGCCAGGAGCAGCGUACCAGCCCACUUAGCAACGAAACAGUCACUGAGGCCACACUCCGUGAAGAAUUUGAUAAAUUAGCCGAAAUAGACUCGGCCCUCGGCGGUAAAGAUAGGCGCCAGACAGGAAUCAACCCCAUUCUUAAGAAAAGGGCGGCGACAAUCCUUUCUACAUAUGUCACUAAGCUGUCGUUUAUAGAAGCAUUGAACUUUUCUCCACAGGGCCGUUCAAGAUUUACUGCAACGCAGGGUGAUAAGCUAGCUUACACGCCACUACUAGCUAUCCUAGCAGACGGAACUGCUGUUGAGUUGGAUUUCCUGCAACAGAUGUGGACAAUUGGACGAUUGGGACACAGGCCGGAUGAUGGGAAGAUCGACCUGGUUUCCUUGACCGCGGCAAAGCUGAUUGGCCAGCUGGUGCCCAGUACUACUUCUACUGAGGAUAGAAUAAAGUCGGAGGGAAAAGUAAGAGACACGACAAGGGGCUGUGUUGACGUUCCGGAAAAUCCUGCUGAUAACCCCCUCUUAGCCGAGUAUGAUAACAGCCGGUUCUCUGUGACGCCAACCUUCCCUCGCACCAUAGCAAGCUCCAGCCACAAUAGCAGUACUGUUUUAAAUAAUACAGACACACUCGGCAUGGUGUCCACGAAGGGGAUCCUUGGACGCACCACAGCAACAGUUGGUAGCAGUGCGACGCAUGGAGAAAGACGAGGCGCGUUCUCCCUGCCAGUGACUGCGAUUUACCAACUCUAUAAUUCGCAGUACCCCGUUGCUAUCAACGAAGACAAUUACCUGUCUUUCGAGAUGUUCAAGGCCACGUACCUGAACUCAUUGUCUCUCACACAUGGAAUUGAGGCGUACUCUUCUUGGGUUAAGCUAACCCCACCCAUUAUCACAGAGGCGAUUAACGAAACAGGCACACGUGCAAUGCUGGGGAAGUUUCUCAAUGAUGAAGGUGUAUUCAAUAGUUUGCUGAUGAAUCCUCACCUUUUGAACGCUACCAGCACGCUGAUAGUGUCUGGAUCUGUUACCGGGACCGUUGUUCUUCACCCAUAUCCAGUGAUAGAUCAAGUUACCGGGGAGUACAAGCCGACACACUACAACACGAGGCUCCAUGGCGCCCCCGUUAGUCACACGGCUAUUGUUCGCGGAUCGUACAUAGUGAGCUGCAGUGUUGACGGUAUGAUACUGAUUUCAAGAAUCCGCUACCCAGGGCUUCCGUUUAUGACCAAGCCGGUUCCGCGUUCUUCCUUGGGGCUCAAUCAUAUCGUCCGCUCGCGGAAGCACCAGGAGACACUUGAUCUCCUUUUCUUCGAGCUUCUGACCCGUACCCUUCUAAUGAAGCAGGCGUCCUUGACGUCAAUAUAUGAAAUAACUCAUGCAUCAGAAACCCAACUUAAGCAGCUUAUGGAAAGGUUCUUUGAGGCGAAGAAGGACAGCGUGAAGGCGCUUUCUGGUGCUUUCAUGCGCCGCGACCGCAUGCUCAAGAGACGAACAGAGAUUAUGAUAGACCGUGACAUGAAACAAAAUGUAUUGCUUCGCGAACUAGUCAAGAGUUUUGAAGAACAGUUGUCAUCACUCCAGUAUGAGAAGAACAGAUUGAUUGAACGCUUAAUACACAAUGAGGAAAGUCAUGGCAAUCAGAUCAAAGAAUUAAAGAUAGAAAUGGAGGAGUCCGUGCAGAAGGAGAAGCUGCUCACGAAGAAGACUACGGAAGACCUCCAGGCACAGCUCAAUAGCCUUUUCGAAGACGAGAGGCUACUCCGCGAUCAAACAGAGCAGUGUGUGGAUGAAGCCAACAAGUCUCUUGAGACCGAAGUGAUGGCAUUAAAGAUGAAGUUUCUUAAAACGGUCACCGCAGAAGUUUCCAAUGUCUCAGACCUACGUGCCUCCCACAAAGAGUUAGAAAAAGAAUUUGCCAAUGUGAUGAAGGACACAUCUAGCAAAAAGACUGCGCUGACUCGAGCCCGAACUGAAAGUGGGCAAGCGCUACAAGCUCUCCGCGUCGCCAAGGAUACGCUAGAGCACUUGAAGGCAGACAUUGUCGACCGAAACGCCACAAUAGCUGAAAAGGGGCGCGUCUACCAAAGUAUCCAAAAGGAGAAGGUUGACCUGGAGAAAGUUGGCAUGAUCCUAAAGAACAGAUCCUCUGAGCUAAAGGAGUGUAUUGCUCCCAGAGACAACCUUCUGGCAGAGCUAGCAACUCAAGCGAACGAGAUGGAUGCUGAGCUGUUGAGGGAUCAACAAAAGAGAUACGAAAGCAAUCUUACUAUCUCGGAGUUGAGGCUACGUCGCCAAGGUCUGUCAAAGGAGCUGGCCAAUAAAAAGGAGAAAAUCGUGGCAGCAGAGGAGAGCAUACUAUUCAUUCUCAACGAUAUACAGAACAUAUAUCGCAAUGCGCUGUCUAACGAGGCAAAGGGGAAAGAGCUAGAAAGCUUGCGCAAUGGAUCCAAGGUGAACCAUCAUAUUCUGGCAGAAGCUCUUAAAAUAAGCAAUAGUAAUAGCAGGAACCACAAACCAAACGUGCCAGGUGAACAAAGGGCAUCUAGUACUUCUGAUGCGGGAUCUCCUUUCAAAAAAGUGCAUGUGAGCACAGCAUACACGAUGGCAACAUCCAUCGUAAAUUCUGGAAAUGUUGGGACAGCGCGGUCUUUCCAGCUGAGUCCUCAGCGCCGAUCGGUUUCGUCCAUGAACACCACUAAGUCGUCUGCAAGGUCUGGCACAGGGUCAGGGAGGAGCAGCGUUUUAGAGACGCGGCAUCUGGACAUGACAGGCAGUGACAAAGACGGCACACGCAACCGUCGUACAGCCAGCGCUGCUAGUAGUGCCGUAUCUUCCGCCACCAAAGGGUCUGACGACUUCACCAUGACAGCUAUUGCGCAAGCCCUAUCACGUACUGGGGAGACUGUCAAGGACAUUUACGACACUAGUAUAAAGUACAUGCAGCUCGUCGAGCAAGAGCGCGAAUUUCAUACCAAGUGCACCAAGGGCAUAAGCAACUCCAUCCACUCUCUAUACCUUAAGCAUUGCUGUGAGAACAGUAAGUCCAGCAAGUCUCUGCUAAGUGAGGCGUUAGAGCUACGAAACGAUCCACUAACACAGGUAUCCACUCUGCUAUCUACGCAGAAGACCAUCAUGUCUGACGAGAUGCUAGCCAGGCAGAGGACGUAUCUAGAGCGUUCUGUAGCAACACUUGAGAAGUCGCUUGAGCGGCAGAAGCUGCAACUCUCCCAGGCAAUUGAGAAGGCAAGGCUACACUCCAGCGAGCUACUCGCUCUCUCCAAUCUGAUGCGCCGUGAAAACAAGAGGUUACAGCAACAGCUGCGCGCGGCGAAGUUAGAGUUGAUCAAAAAGAGGCAGUCUUCGGCAUUGUACCAGAGUGCUGACCCUAGCUUCAGCAAAACUGUUAGCAAGGCCGUGAUUCAGAUAGAAGAUGAGAUUAGACAGCAGACAGAGAAGAUGGAGACAGAUAGCACGGAGGAUACGCUUGGAAUAUUCGAUGAAGCGUUCAAGCGGCCCAUCGGAAGUGUAUCGUUUACCACCCCUGGAAACAUCACCAGCCUUGAUGCCUUGCAGCUAGAACCGACAGAAUUAGAGGAGUAUCUGAAUACAAACUUUCCCAUUUCUCGCUCACCAUCACCAUCAUCAACGUCUCCGCAACCUCCGGGACCCCCUCAGUUUCUUACUGCUGAUAAGCCUGUAAUAUUGCCGACGUUACCAGCUCGGGGAAGAGAAGCAAGCGACUCUAGCUCAAACCCGAUUGCAAUUCAGUCCAGACCCGGCUCAAGGUUAGAGAACUUAGGUAUAGGCGAGCUGCACGAGAGCUCAGAAAUAAGUGGGAUUUCUUCGAAGCACAUAAGUGGAAGCGCAAGGGUGUCCCUGCCUCCGCUGGCUCGUGUAAAAUGA